CUCCACUCAUAAGGUGCUAUUAGACAAAAUUCAGUUAGAAAAUGGACUGAAUCGCAAAAUCGAAGACGACAGUAGGUAGUAGCCGUAUAUACAUGAACGAAGGAUAAUGGUGGCGCAGCUCCUGGUGGGUCCCAUCCCCGGUGCCGGUGGCUUCUAUUCUAAUUUCAGCCAUUCGUUUUCCCUACCAUGUCAUUUUCAGCGUAGAAGAAGAGGGAGAACCCGUACUCGCCGGUGGACACCACAAUCAACGUCAUCAUCGUGGUCGUCGUCGUCAUCAUCAUCAUGGGCCAUGAUUAACGGCCAGCAGACCCACUACGGCGUGCUGGGCCUCUCACGCCAUGCCACCUCCUCCGAAAUCAAGAGGGCUUAUCGCCUUCUCGCUCGUAAGUAUCACCCUGAUGUUAGCAAAGAUUCUCAAGCUGAAGAGGUGUUCAAGAGUAUCCGUCAGGCAUAUGAGAUUCUAUCUAAUGAAGCAACCAGGACUCAGUAUGACCAAGAACUUAAAUUUCAAAAGGACACUGGCAGGAAAUACAGUGGAAAAUGGAGCUACAGCCCUGAAUUUGAAAAUGGAGUAAGGAUCUAUAAGUGGGCUGAAGUGAGGCAGAAAAUGCAACAGGAGAGACAUUGGGAACGCUAUCAUGUCAAUGAAGAAAGUUCGUCAUAUGGUAAAACUGAUGAAGCAACUGAAGAAGGAGAGGCAGUGCAAGAGAGAGGUUCCUUCAGUGAAGUGCUUAGAUCUGCCUUUGUAUCCCUGUUCUUGUUGCAGACAUUUGGAUCCCGUUUAUCUCUCACUUUUAGUAGCCUGAUGGCCUUAUUUGACAGGAAGUUGGAUGCUGGAUAUAAGAUUGGUUAUGUAAUUGCAUGGGUUUUAGGUGGGAGAGGUGGUAUCUUGCUCACUUUGUGCCUGUCGUUUGCAAGUUGGGUUUGUGGAAAAACCAGCAGCAAUAUAGUUGCUCUGGUGGUGAUAGCCAUGUGGGUUGGCUCGAACCUUGCAAGAUUUGCACCACUUCCACAAGGUGCUCUGCUUACUCUCCUGUAUAUGUCUAUUAAGCUACAAGUUGAUUUGAACUAAACCCGCGGCUGUAACGCGAAUGUGUUCUAUCUGCUUUUUUCUUUUAAUGGUUAAAGAAGGUGUUGUACAUAUGUUGUAUUACUGACUACAAUCCAUUACAAUUGUGUAAACUGGUUCAUUGCAAAAGGAUGAAGGUGUUGUACA